CUCCACAAUUACAUCAGCAAGAAAAAUAAAAACAAGAAACUAACUUUUUCUAGUCUCAGCAACCCACUUUCUCUUUUUCGUAGAGUAGCAUUACGUACUUAACGGAUUUAUUAUCACCGAACACUGUUAGCAGCUCAGCUAAAGGGAGUAAUAUUAGCUGGAGUUAGCCACUGAAACAGCCAUGACUGAGACUCGCGUUGUUCCAAGCGGGAAGGUUUACAGACAGAUGUUUGACGCUCAGGCUCACUUGUCACUGUCUCUUCAUGACAUAAGGAGAAGGCGUGCUACACAUGCAGGCUGUCUGAGUGGAGAUGACCCCAUUAGCAGGAGCACAGAUACUGGAUCCCCUCAGCAUCCUCUAAAAAAUCAAACUGGGGAUGAGGGAGACUACUCUGAGGUCACCAUGAGAAACCAGCUGUUUUCAGGAACAAAGCCUGUGGUAACAGUCGACCAGAGUGUUCAUGAGGAGAUCAGAGGACUACCUGACAGUGUCGUUUCAGCAAAGACAGGCUCAGACAUCAUUGAGAGACUCACAAAGAAGAAACAAAGAGAGCACAAUGAAGCUGCCAUUCAGCUCAAAAGAGAUCUUACUGCUCUCAGUGUGCGGUUUGAGUCAUUGUUGAGAGAAACUGGAGAAGAUUUCCUUCUCAAACUGUCAGAAUACGAUGAGGAGGUGGAGAGAUUGAUACAGAAAACAGAACAUAUUGGUGAUUUAGAAGCCUUUAGCUAUCAGGAUCUACAUGAGCUUUGGAACUCUGUGAGCCAUGUGAGUGCUAUGAGAAGAAAUUGUAUCCAGGAGCUGGAUAAGCUGUUUGUCAAAUAUGAGAUUGAACGAGCAGAAAUGAUUACUGCAUUGCUACAGAAUCACUCAGUGAAACUCGAAAAAAUCAGUUAUGUGAUGCCCAGUGAUGUCCACCGGUUAAUUAAUAAUGAAGCUAUGAUGAUAAAUCAAGCAUUGCUAGCAAACAAACGGGCUGUGGCCAAACUACAUUUGAACUUAAUAGAGGAGGAUUUGCAGAAAAAGUUUCUUUAUCACCAGAAAUGGCAGACAAAGCUUCAGGAGUGGAAAAAAAUCAAGGUCACUGCUGCAGUCAGCCAGUUUAUAGGUUUCAUGAACAGCCCUGAGAUUCAAAACCCCAAAAAUGUACGAGACACUUUAAACACCAUGAGGACAAAACAAGAAGCAUACAAAGAGCAACGGCUCAAAAUCCUUGAGGAAGUCAGAAAUAUGACUCCACCCCUCUGCUCGCAAUCAUCUGCUGCUAAUUGGUUCUCCUCUUUAUCUGCAGUUAAUGAGCAAAUUGAUUGCAUGCACAGUGAGACCAUAACACAACUGCGUGAAUAUUAUAUGAAUACCUGGCAAGACUGUUUCCUAGAAGUGGAACGUUUUAAGAGAGAAGUAUCUAACUGUGAAAUCACCUCAGACGAGAUACAGGACAUUGUUAAUAGUGAGAUGGUGCCUCUUAUUGGCAAGUGCCAGACCCAAGCAGAGGAGAGUUUAGCAGCAAUGGAAGAAGCAUUUGAGGGUUUGGUCAAAACUGCAGCACCCUUGAGUAAGUCUUUGUUAAAGUUUGUUCAUGGGGCAGCUAAUGUCUGGGAGGUGCACUGCGCAGGUCUGCAGAGGACAGAGCCGCAGGUGCAGCGUUGUCUUGAUGAAGUCAGCAAGAAAUAUGAAGAAAAAAAACAAAAAAAAGAGGCUCAGCUGGAUGCGUUGAUGGACAAACUCAGGCAGGAAAGCACAGAGGAGGACCUCAAAGCUAGACUGCAACAAAUACUCAACCUUUUAGAAGAAAUUAAGCAAGGAUGUGUUAAUUUUUAUAAGGAAGGAGUUGAUACAGUGGACACUUACCCUGUAAUGGUCCUAAAGGAAAUACACACAUACAGCAUAGCAGUCAGUCAGUACUUCAACGUCAAUGAAAUAUACAGUCAGAACCCAGAGGAGCUUCAGAAACUUUAUCCUUCACUUAUCAUCGGUGCUUUCCAGGAAGUUACUCCUCAAGAACACACUCCUGGUUUAGCUCAUGCUGAGGAGUUUAGAGACACACAGAAUGAUGAAACUUUCACAACAGUAAAGGGAAACAUCUACAGUUGCCCUGUAAUGCAGUGUGAUGAUGCUGAAGAGCAUUUGAAUGCUAUGGAAGUAGAAAUGCUUUUGUAUCCAAGUCUCAUAGCUGAACUGCAAAGAGAUGUGAGAAGAAAAUUCUUUAAUCACCUUGAGGAGAGGAAUCAGGAGGUUCUGAAUGACACAGUGGCCAUCAUGGAAACCAAGAAAGAGAAGCUGAAGGCUGAGUUGGAUCUCCACCUUCAUGUUCAUCAGCUUCGAGCCAAAAGAAUUAAGAUGGACGUUUAUAAUGUCAGAGCAGUUGAAUUGGUCUUGCAUCAAGAUCAUGUGGAUCGACACUGCAAAGGUAUUCUACAGGCUCUAUCUGAUUUCCGUAAUGACUUCAACGACUUCCAGGUCACAAAGCGCAAAAUAAAUGAAGAGUUUUGUACUAAAGUCUGUGGCAUGGAAGAUGCACUAUACAGUGCAACCAAGUCUGAGACGUUGGUGAAACUCAGUGCUUCACUACAAAUCAUCUUGGCUGAACAUUUAGAUGACAUCCAGGAAUCACAGAGGCAAUUUAGACGGGAUUUGGAGAAUGGAUUUAAGGGCCUUAGAGAGGCAAAUGCACAGUUGCUGAAAAAUUUCAAGUUGUUUGCUGAAGGAGGUAAUUUUACCCCAAAAGAGAUUACCCAAUACAGGAAGAGUCUGGAGAAGAUCGCUAAGCACAUUGACUCAGCUGAUGAGGCGCUAAUGCUGGACAUGGAGGUCGCAGAGUCCAAAUGCCUAAGCCAAGCAAAAGACGUAACCGGUAAGUUUGAAGAGAAGCUCCAGGUUAUGAAAGUGGAUCUUAUGUUUCUUGAGAAAAUCCAGAGAGUACUCGCAAACACCCGUAUCCAGAUUAAAUCAGAGGCCAUGAGGAGUAACACUCAGAAAAAAAUGAUUACCAUUGUGAUGAGUGAACUGAAAGAAAAACUCGAUGCCUACACACAACAACACAGUCUGGAUACUAAAGUUACAUCUGGUGAUAUUUUUGGUUUAAUAACUUCACUGAAAGAAGAACUCAGAAAAAGAUGUCAGUACCUGGACUGUUAUCUGGACACUUCUAUGGCUGUUUCGUUGCCUGACACGCCUCUGCAGGGGGCGUUUGCGCUUGCUGCUCGUCCACGGUCCCGUAAGCAGGAGAAUGUAGGAGGCCAAGCUGCAAAUCCCCUUCUCCAGCCCAGCUGCAUGGGAGCUGCAUUUAUGGAUGACAAAGCUGUAGAGGUGAUCAGAGGACUGUUAAGGAUAAGGAAACCUCAGACCUUCCAAGAGGUCAAUGAAGAUAUUAAAGAGAAAAACGCAAUAACAGUUCCGGUCGGUCCAAGUUCUACUCCAGGGUCAGGGCAAAGGUCAGCGAGGACUCUGAACUCCCUGUCUGGUUUAGAGGCCCCACACAGGAAAUCACCUGAGUCAGUUACUUCACAGAGUUUGAGGAGGUUGACCAAACCCACCCGGUUUGAUAAGCGAUUCCAAGUGUUCGGCCCUAAACCUGAUGGCCAACAGGAAAACCUCAGCUUUAAGGGUUUGAUCACUAACAUUCUGUGGGAAGCCAAUGAGCUUCUCCUUCAGGUGGCUGAGGACUACUACAAGAAAAAGGAGCGCCGCUUGAUCAUCCGUCCUCAGUAUAUUCAGCAGUCCUUUGAGCUGUGUGCUGAGGACCUGAACAACAGACUCCUGGUCUACCAGAAUCAAUCUCAUGAGUACCGCCGUGGUUGUGUACAAGAGUUCUGUAAACAGCUGAAGACCAUUGAAGAGAAUAUCUGUGAGAUACCUGAAGUGCUUCUAACGAAACUGCGGGAUCAGCAUUUGGAGGACCUGAGUCAGAGUUUGACACUCAUCCGCCAGCAGUUUGAAGAGACACAGCAACAAAGUGAACAAAAGAAGAGAAAACACAGCAGUCAGCUGUGUGUACGUCUGAGCCACCCGGCUUGUGAAGAAGAACUAAACAGGCUGAUCACGGCUGAGGAUGACAGGCAGGAAGAGCAGAGGAAGACUAUUGAGGAUACCAAAGUGAAACUCCAGGUCUGUAUUCAGAAGAAUGCAGAUGACUUUGUGACUUCACUUGCCACAUUGACAGAAAACUUGCUCUUCCAAUUGGACAACAUCCUGACCAUUGACGAAAUCCAAGAUGGAGUGGUAGAACCAAAACAACAAAACUUCACAACACUUGUUCGUCAAAUGCAAGCGGCUAUUCUACCAGAGGAGCAGAAGAAGAGACCUUUAUUAUUGGAAAAAGGAAGAAGAGUGUGGCCAGGAGUUACUUAUUUUGGACCCACCGAUUGUUCAUCUGUCAAGCAACAGAACCGACAGACAGCCACAGUCACUACAGCUAAAGUUACACAGUCACAGCUCAAGGUUAUGGAGGUUCGAAAUAUACUGCAUCAGAGUUACGAGAAGAGGAUAAUGGAUGAGUUUGAAGAUGUGGAGGAAUCUAGGCAGAAACAGGAGGCAGAGUUGUUCUGUUGGCAAGAGCACUGGAGAAGCCAACUAAAAACUCUCUCUACACUCAACUCAGAGUAAUUGUGCUGCACUAGGUGACAUGUCAGCUGUGUCAGGAUAGUACUUUAUCCACUUAAAAAUGACUAAUUUUAUGUGCUAAGAGAGAAAAAAAAGGAAACCAACAUUUUUUA